AUAUAUAUCUUAAAACGAUGCCGUCAUAAUCAAUACACGAUAUUCAAAAUGCUACGUACACUGUCGGUACCUUAGAAUAAAUAUUGCAAUACCUACCUCGAGUGGAUUCAUUGUAAACAGAAAAAAAAAAGUCAUCCUACAUUUUUCUACGUCAUCCCCGCUCUACCAGAGAUCCUUACUAUCCCUUAACUAAUACCGAAGACAAAAUCGGAAGGUUCGUAUACACGUAUAGUUCUCUAAAAAUAAUUUAGUCAAACGUCGUUCUCGACACUUUUCAUUCUCGCGAGUGGAAAAAUAGAAACAGUUCGAAGCGCCGAUACGGUGCUGUUUCCUUUAUGCAAAGAAAGAAAGAAAAAAAAAGAAGAAGAAGAAGAAGAGAGAAAACAGAAGAACGAAACCUUUCAUUUUCCACCGGCAAUAAACCCACGGCAUAUUAACCUAGUCAUUGUUAAAAAACGCAUCUCUCCUCUGCCUCUGUUUUAUAUUUUUUUCUUCUCUUCGCGGCUUCGAGUAUACGCAUAUUGCAUAGUUCGCCCGACGAAGCUGUUAGCAACCAUGGUGCGAUUAGGAUACGUACGACGUGGGUGUCGCUCCGUGGGUUGAUACGCCUGCGCAGGUUGAAGCGCGCUCUAUAUAAAGAAGAGAACGCGCUAUGAAACGGUAUUCAUAUUUAAAGAGCCACCUCGAAGGGAUACUGGUACUUUUUCCGAAAUGGGCUCGAGUAAAAGAUGUUUCAUCGGUCUUCUACUUUACAUCUCCGUCGUUAACGUGGUUCAUCUUCCUCUGGUGAAAUGCCAAGACGAGGAAAGCACCCAGUGCAUACCUAAAGAAGUUUUCCUAGUCCUUCUACGUUUGCCAGAAGUCAGUUCGAACUUGGCCGCGUAUUCGAGGAUGGCGAGAGUGACCGAGGGCGCGAGGAGUUGCGACGACAUGGCGCAUUUAAAGGCCCUUACCGAAGACACCGAGGGCGACACAGAAAUUUGUUUACCCGGCAGAGUUUACCUGGAACUGUUCAAGGAUCCGGGCUUACGCGGUCAUCUCAGCGUGAUAGGAAGAACGCAGAAACCACCGGAUCUACCGGGACGUCUCUUGGACGAUAACGAAGAGAUUAAUAUGCGCGAGUUGCAGUCGAAAUCGCAGAAAAGAAGCAUCUCGGUGCUAGCUAAGAACGACGAUCUACCCAUCAGUAUUCAGGGUCGUCUCGACGAAAACCAGGAGGAUCAAGGCAAGAGGACCUUCGUUUCCAACGAAGAAACCGGACCGAUCGGGGCUGCGGUUCCUCUGGACUCUUUGGUCGCGAACGGGAACGAGGGCUCGGAUCUGGAUGCGUUCCUGUCGGAUUUACCAGCGGAGAAGAGAAACGUCGGCGCCCUGGCUAGAGACUUCGCGUUGCCUCCAGGUAGAAGAAAUAUCGCGUCGCUGUUGCGUGAUUACGAGCUUAAAAACAAGGGAAAUAACAUCGACGACCGUGCAGCUCACUUCACCGGGAAAAGGAACGUCGCUUCUCUGGCCAGAACUUUCACGCUACCUCCGAAUGGCAAGAGGAACGUUGCGUCCAUAGCCAGAGACCACGGACUACCCUAUGCCAACAAAAAGAGUAUCGCUAGUCUGAGGAAAAAUAUGGCCUGGCCUACAUCCUCGAAGAGGGCAGUCAAAACUCCUGGAUACGUGCUUCUAAGUAUCCUUUCGCGUCGUCAGGCCAACAGCAGCUUCAAGAAGCCGAUCGAUUCCAACGAUAUGAGAUUCAAAAGGCGGUACGGUUUCACCGACCAGUACCCGUUCUCUGUAAUGCAAGAUACCAAUGCUUUCGAUUACGGCGAAACGAUGGAUCCGCUUACCGGUCAGUACUCGAAUGCCGAGAAGAGGUUCAUGGGAAGAAUUCCACAGAUGGGGCCACGUCCGACCACCCCUUCGACGCGUCGCCAAGGACGUUAAGGUCGUUAAAGGUCGAUAUUUACAUCGAGAGCGUCGCACAUUCAAGCCUCGUAUGGAGAUUGUAGACACGGCUUCGAAAGAUUUCAUCUUACUACCCGCAUCUGACAAUUUUCUUUGUUAGAAACUUCUCAGCUCCAUAAAAUUUCAAAUAAAGGAAGGAAUUGACAAUUGUCAACGUGUUGCUUUACG